UCAAAAUACUUAUGACUCUCAUUGCAGCAAAGGUAGAUCAUAAUAAAAAUCUUACCUUGUGGAUUUCGAUAUAGUCCUUCGUUUGAAAUUUGGAUUCCUCAUGUCUGACCAAGACCUCUUCUUUACUCUCACUGAAAGUAAUUCACAAGAUCUUACAACCAUUUUUUGUAGCAUUAAAUACAUUAAAAAUUCCAAAGUCUCAACCAUGCAUACUUUUUGAUAUCAUAAUUACCAAAUUUUUGAUGGGUUUUUUAUGUGUGGUUGUAAAAUAGAAUGUUUUCAACACCUUCCAAAAGCAUAUUUGGAUUUUAUUUAAACCUGAAACAGCAAUAGCUUGACAACAGCAAAAUGAAAUACAAAGCGUUAGCGUAAACUGAAUCAAUUGAGAAGAGAUUUAAGUUGAAAACAGAAUAAAAUAGGAAGUUUUAUGUUUGCCAAACAAUGUGAUAUCUUGUUUACAUUGAUUAAAGGCAUAGUUUAAAGUCGCAACGUUUAUUAUUUUUUAAACUCUUCUAAGUGUUAAGGAAUAUCUUCAUGCUUUUAUAAAAAUAAGUUAAGCUCUUUGGUUGUAAAAUCUGGAUGUCAUAGGUUAUAAGUACUAUCAUGUUUAGAUUAUAUUUCUUCCAUGACAAACUUUUUUAUCUUUUGCCAAAACCUGUUCAAAAGUUGUCGAAUUAGCUUUAUUGGCUACUUAUUUAGACGAUAAACAAUUGAAGGCAUAAAAUAGAUCCAUAGGGCACCCCUUGCUUUAUUUGCAAUAAUAAAAUAGUAUAUAAUAUAAUAAUAAUGAUAUAACGAAUCUUUUUACAGGAUGUACAUUUCAACAUAAAAAUGCUUUUAUCAACAUGUGUCCUGUAAAAGAAAAGAAAAGAAACUCUUAUAAACCUAUAAAGAAACUCUUAUAAAACCUAGCAGUAAUUACAACACUCAAAAGAUCCAUACUUAUAAUAUCACGAUUUUCAACUAAAAUGCUUCUUUAACAGUCCAUCGUAUUGCUUAAAAGAUUCAGUUUUUCUAAGAUCGAUUGGUAAUUUGUUGUACAGCUUUACACCCAUACAAUGGAACGACUUCCUAGCAUAUUCUGUUUUUGAUGCCUGGAAGCCUAAUUAAACAUUCGCUGUGUCUUGUUCGUGUCUUGUGCUGCUGUAGCUCGAAAUAACCUUGAAAGUUCUCAUAUAUAUCAUUGUCCAAACAUUUACGCGCAAGUUUAAACCAUUUGAUUUGGUAUUUGGUUGCAAGUAGGCUCGUCAACAUUUUUUUUGCCCCAACCCUCCCCCUCUAUCAUUGGGAUCACAAUGCAAACCAACUACAUUUUUACUUAUAAUGACAUGAUAGUAACACUCUUGAUAGUAGAAGUCAGGUAUCAAGUCAGAAACCUAGAACUUUUUGAGUCGCAAAUCUCGGUUGGUCGCAGACAGGGAUGUUGAAACUGGAGUUGGAGCACAAGAUUUAUAGUGCCCUCGAAGCUUGAGAAAAUACCCCUUUGCUUAGAAUUCCCCUCUUUAAGAUCUUUGGAAAAUUUUACCGUUUUCGUAGACAUAGACCCCGUUUACACUACAGAAAAGAGAACGGAACUCCUUGGCUCAUAGUGUCCUAAUCUCGCGUCCAACUUCCCUGGUUGCAGGUAAUACCUUGGCUGAAUGAAUUGCUUUUUCUUCUGCUUUCCUGCUACUUAAACAAAAUUCCUGUCGUGGUAUUCAAGAACAAUUGAUCUGAUUUGCCAGCAGCUUGUGAUUGGAAGGCCUGAAAGUAGAACGUAUCGGGUUCGCAUUCCGUAACUGCGUUUGAAUACACAACUUUAUUCAUAUAGCAACCAAACUCAAUUCGGGCUUCAUAUUACCAAACCCGAGUGGUCCGACUUAUGGUAACCAAUACGCUUUAAGGAGAAAGAUAUUUAACCCAACCUUCAGCAAGGAGCUUUCAGUUACAUCAUGAUAAAGAGCAAACACGCAUGGGAAGAAAGCUGAUGCUCUAUGACACGUUAGUUGAAGAGCGGGAGCACGGUUAAAGUGAAUGAAUGAUUGUUCCCUAAUAGAAGCGAAAGACUCGUGGAUGCAAUAAACUCCAAAGAUGACGAUAUCAACUUUUCAGUUGAUGGAGCUUUUGCUCAUUCUAUGUGUUGUCAAGAAUGCAAAACAGAGUGGUACUGCUCAGCUUACUUUGGGCUCCUACACGAACCCUGACGGCCAAGAUUACAAAGGACAACGUUGCGAUACAACAAUAUGGGGUAGUAGCUCAUGGAAAUGCGAUCCUAUCUUUACCAUCUGUGUCAUCGAUUCUCCAGAUCCAAAGUCAGACAACAACUGCUUAAAGAAAAUCCGCAUAAAGGGUCCGGCCAACACCAACAGCUAUGACUUUAAAUCGAGGAAAGAAAGUAUAGGCUUUGCAAAAUGGAAGGGAUACCUUGGAAUAUUCAUAAAAGUGAUGGAUGAAGAUGAUAUAGGAAAUCCAGACGACCUGAUGGACGAAUUCAGCAAAACAGUUUAUAUAAGAGCACCUAGCAAUGGGACGUAUAGUGCCCAAAAAGAACUAACAUUAUCACGCAAAGGACACACGUUCAAAUUCAGUAUCAGGGUUGCCUGUGAUCUGUACUUCUUCAGGAAGGAUUGUGGUACUUACUGCAAAGCAAGACACAGUGAAAAAGACGGAUAUUAUAACUGCGCUGCAAAUGGCACAAAAUUAUGUUACAAAAAUUGGUACGGAACGAACUGUAACAAUUUUUGUCGAUCACAGAAUGGAACCUUGGGACAUUAUGAAUGCAACAAACGUGAUGGUAGUAAGAUAUGUCAUCGACAUUGGUAUGGAACUGAAUGUACAAAAUUCUGCAAGUCACAGAAUGGAACAUUAGGACAUUAUGAAUGCGACAAGCAUGAUGGUAGUAAGAUAUGUCACAGUCACUGGUAUGGUUCAAACUGUACAAGCUUCUGUAAGGAACAAAAUGGAGCUUUAGGACAUUAUGAAUGCAACAAACGUGAUGGUAGUAAGAUAUGUCAUCGACAUUGGUAUGGAACUGAAUGUACAAGAUUCUGCAAGUCACAGAAUGGAACAUUAGGACAUUAUGAAUGCGACAAGCGUAAUGGUAGUAGAAUAUGUCACACUCACUGGUAUGGUUCAAAUUGUACAAGCUUUUGCAAGUCACAGAAUGGAACAUUAGAACAUUAUGAAUGCGACAAGCGCAAUGGUAGUAGGAUAUGUGACACUCACUGGUAUGGCUCAUAUUGUACAAGCUUUUGCAAGUCACAGAAUGGAACAUUAGGACAUUAUGAAUGUGACAAGCGUAAUGGUAGUAUGAUAUGUCACACUCACUGGUAUGGUUCAAAUUGUACAAGCUUUUGCAAGUCACAGAAUGGAACAUUAGGACAUUAUGAAUGUGACAAGCGUAAUGGUAGUAUGAUAUGUCACACUCACUGGUAUGGUUCAAAUUGUACAAGCUUUUGCAAGUCACAGAAUGGAACAUUAGGACAUUAUGAAUGCGACAAGCGUAAUGGUAGUAGGAUAUGUCACACUCACUGGUAUGGUUCAAAUUGUACAAGCUUUUGCAAGUCACAGAAUGGAACAUUAGGACAUUAUGAAUGCGACAAGCGUAAUGGUAGUAUGAUAUGUCACACUCACUGGUAUGGUUCAACUUGUACUAGCUUUUGCAAGUCACAGAAUGGAACAUUAGGACAUUAUGAAUGCGACAAGCGUAAUGGUAGUAUGAUAUGUCACACUCACUGGUAUGGUUCAAAUUGUACUAGCUUUUGCAAGUCACAGAAUGGAACAUUAGGACAUUAUGAAUGCGACAAGCGUAAUGGCAGUAGAAUAUGUCACACUCACUGGUAUGGUUCAAAUUGUACAAGCUUUUGCAAGUCACAGAAUGGAACAUUAGGACAUUAUGAAUGCGACAAGCGUAAUGGUAGUAGAAUAUGUCACACUCACUGGUAUGGUUCAAAUUGUACAAGCUUUUGCAAGUCACAGAAUGGAACAUUAGGAAAUUAUGAAUGCGACAAGCGUAAUGGUAGUAGAAUAUGUCACACUCACUGGUAUGGUUCAAAUUGUACAAGCUUUUGCAAGUCACAGAAUGGAACAUUAGGACAUUAUGAAUGCGACAAGCGUAAUGGUAGUAUGAUAUGUCACACUCACUGGUAUGGUUCAACUUGUACUAGCUUUUGCAAGUCACAGAAUGGAACAUUAGGACAUUAUGAAUGCGACAAGCGUAAUGGCAGUAGAAUAUGUCACACUCACUGGUAUGGUUCAAAUUGUACAAGCUUCUGUAAGGAACAAAAUGGAGCUUUAGGACAUUAUGAAUGCGACAAGCGUAAUGGUAGUAGAAUAUGUCACACUCACUGGUAUGGUUCAAAUUGUACAAGCUUUUGCAAGUCACAGAAUGGAACAUUAGGACAUUAUGAAUGCGACAAGCGUAAUGGUAGUAGAAUAUGUCACACUCACUGGUAUGGUUCAAAUUGUACAAGCUUUUGCAAGUCACAGAAUGGAACAUUAGGAAAUUAUGAAUGCGACAAGCGUGAUGGUAGUAAGAUUUGUCACAGUCACUGGUAUAGAAAAAAUUGUACAAGCUUUUGCAAGUCACAGAAUGGAACAUUUGGACAUUUUGAAUGCGACAAGCGUAACGGUAGUAGGAUAUGUCAUCGAUAUUGGUAUGGAACGAAUUGUACAAACUUUUGCAAGGCGCAGAAUGGAACCUUGGGACAUUAUGAAUGCGACAAACUUGAUGGUAGUAAGAUAUGUCACAGCAGUUGGUAUGGUAAGAAUUGUUCUGUCUAUUGUUUUCCCAGAAAAGAUUCGUACGGCCAUUAUUCUUGCAAUGUCCUAAAUGGUUCCAAAAUAUGUCACCCACUGUGGUAUGGUAAGGACUGUUUGAGGUACUGUCAAGAACAAGAUGGCCCGGUGGGUCACUACACCUGUUCAAAAACUGGUUUUAAGAUUUGUAGACCACUGUGGUUCUCCGAAAACUGCACUGUAUACUGUACGGAAAGGAACAAUCGGUUUGGACAUUAUUUAUGUGACAAUAAGACUGGAAGUAAGAUAUGUAUGAAGGACUGGUACGGCAGAAACUGCACUGUUCACUGUAUGUUGCGGAAUGAUACAUCAGGACAUUUCUCUUGCAAUAAGUCAUCAGGAGCUAGAAUUUGUUUCCCAAAUUGGUUUGGAGAUGAAUGCCAAACAUAUUGCAAACAACGGAAUGACUCACAGGGACAUUAUUUUUGCGAGAAUGUUACCGGUGAGAAAAGGUGUUUGGAAGGCUGGUUCGGAAACCGAUGCUUGACAUACUGCAAGGGAGAUCUUCAAAGUGGUUAUAGAUGUGAUAAGGAGGGUAAUAAGAUAUGUCACGAGAACUGGUAUGGGGAAGGAUGUAAAACAUACUGCAAGCCUUCUACAGUUUACUACUGCAAUGAGACUACAGGUGAAAAAAUAUGUAGGAGUGGUUUCCAAGGAAAGAAUUGUUCCUCAUCCUGCUUGGACAAUAGCUGCUACUCUUCAAAAGUUUCGUUUCUAACUUCUGAGCCAUUUCCUAUUUCUUCUCGUAGAUUACCAGCAACGACUAUUUUGAUUACCUCAUACUUCAAUAACAUUGUGGGUUAUUCUUUAUCAUCAUCCGUCACAAAAGUGAAGAUAAAACCAUCAUAUACGGAUUCUGAGAGAGGAAGCACUGUGACUAAAUCACGUUAUGUUGGAUCUGGUUCUUACUUUUCCUAUACAAAGAAACCUAUUAUAUCCAGUAUUAAGUUACAUCCUAGUAUAUAUUUCGUCAAUAGCACAACUCUACCGCUCUCAUAUCAAAUUAAAUCAUCCACUCAUAUUAAAAGCAAGCAUACAAAUUUACAAGCAGAUAGCAUCUAUAGCACAACCUUUCAAAUUCAAACACUUGAUUCUACAAAUUCAAAGGGUUUUUCAACUUUUGAGAUUAAGAAACUGUCCACAGCCUCGCAUGCUAGCACAGUAUCCAGUAAUAUAGAAGAAACAAAGUCAACAAAAACUGACUCAAUAUCAUCGGAGUUCACAAGACGUAUAACUGAAUACCAGACCCAGCAUCCUUCUUCAACUAUACAAAGUAGCAAGACAGACCUAGGCUCCAUAGGAACUUCAAGAACUAAUGGAGGCACGAAAACAAAGAUAUUGGGUACAAGAGCUAUGUUUCCGACAACAUCUGCAUCAGACACUAUAAUUCCUGCCUCCUCCAUCAACAUUGAUGCUUCAAGAUCGAUUCCUGGCUCGAGCAAAAGCUACGUAAAAAAUACUGAAUCAAUGGACGUUGAGUUGAAAGGAACCAACGCCAGUCAGUCGUUCAUAAACACCUAUAUGCAUGCAUCAUCAACCACUCUAUACCACAAAAGCAACUCUGUACAAUUAAUAUAUAGCAGUAUACAACAGACCACGCCAACACCAACAUCAACCAAACAUCCAAUCAUAGAAAAAGCCUCCAAGAAGAGUGCCGUGCAUUGGCUGACAGGAACUACUUCUGGACAGCUAACUGUUGUCACUAUGUUUGUGGUAAUAUUCUCCGUUGUCACUGCUUUGAUCGUAAUCUGGAAACGGAAAGAGAAGAAAACUCAAGCCCAACGUGAAUGUUAUUUGACAAAUAUGGAAGAGAAGACUGAUGUCGACAUCAUCUCUCACAACGGCAUUACAAACCCAGGUCAAGAUGAUUAUGACAAUGAGAGUUACUUCAAUGGAGAAAACCCUCUUUAUGGUAUAACUCGCACGAAAGACGGCUCUGGUGCUGAUGUCUACAGCUUUGACAAUCCGUUAUUCGCAAACAAUGCAGAGUCUUGUGUGUGACGUGGCUUCAGUGUCUAAAUGGCAAUUUCAACAAUAUUAGUUAAUGUAGAUAGAAAUUAAUUUAUAUACUAAUUUUUUCUCAUCAUAAAACUAUUGCAAACUCACAUGUAGAGAGAGCUAAACUGGGGUUCAUAACAAGAACAAUAACAGGGGUUUUUGAAUGGCAUAGAAAAUUCCUUUCAUAUGACCAUAGCUUAUGUAUGACGAAGUAUCCGUACGUUAAAUAUGUAUAUAUCAAGGUUGGAUAUGCCGUUCAAGAGAGUAGCUUAGCCAGGUCUCCAGCAUUAGGGGGACAAAGUUUUUAAACACAGGCCCGAUUAAAAGCCUGAUAAAGCUCUUUCCUUUAACACUACGUCACUGAACAUUGCUAUGACCAUAGUCAAUAGCAAGUCUUUAUCUAUUUAUUAUCGUCUUAUCUUAUCUGGGCCAUCCCAGGAAAGACUUUACCUAAGUCCUCAAACUAUGGCAUUACACGUUUUUUUAAUAAGGAACCUACCUCAAGGCCUAGUUCCAAAAGUUCCUUAUUCGUUUACCUCAAAUCAUCAAAUUGUAGACCAAAUGUUCCUUAAUAGUUCCUUAAUUUGUUCUGACUACAAUCAGCCUUAACACUCAAUAGAGAGAGGGGCAAGACAGCAUAUGCCGAAACUACUCAAUGAAGCACUUGACACACGAAUAGCAAACAAUCUAUGCGAGUAUUGGCUGCAAAUGAAUGGAACCAUCUUUUUAGUUCUUGAUGCUUCCAGUUAUCAAAAUUUUUCAAAUCAAAAAGUUCCUUAGGGAUUUCGUUUUUAGAAAUAAAAGUUCUUUAAAUAUUUCGGCCUUCUACUAGGUUCCUUAUAAAGUGGUUCCUUAUAAAAAAAGCGUGUACAGUGGCGUAGAUAAAGGUUCUGAAGUUGUCGGAAAUAUAACAUGGUUAUCUAUUAUUAUUCAAGUAUUACAUUUUGAGAGGAAAGAUUUCAAAGCUGAAUUUGAUGACUUCUUUCGUUGAUUUGAACAAGAUUGGUAUAAUACUUCAAAGUGUCUUUUGCAGAGAGGACCAUAAAAGUCUUUCAUUUGUAUGAUUAAUGAAACUUAAUUUUAAAUAAAUGAUUAGGCUUUAUCUCUAAAGACUUUAUGUUUAAAUAUUGGGAAGAAAAUGAAAACCCUUAUUGAAGUUUUGUCGUAAAAUCUAAAUUUCUCGCCCCUCCUAUGAAUUUUCCUAUCUACCCCACUGUUGAUUUGGCAUAUUCAAAGCUUAACCAAGACUUUACUUUUAGUUAUCGAAAUGUUUUUCUCCUCUUCGUGUCACGAUAUCCCCUUAUUUUCUGAUUAAAAGCCUACCUUUAAUUGUGCUGAAGCAAGGAAUAGAAAAUCUUGCUUAAAACUUAUUUGGCGAGCCUUAAAAACUGGUUAGUGCCCGGGCACCAUGCUCUCAUGUGCAAAUAGCGUAAAAGCGCUAUCAAGCCUAAGGCAGGGGACUUUUUUAUCUUUGAGAAAUACCAAAGGAGACUUAAGGGUUAUAAGAGAGGGAGCUUAUUAGAGAGAGGGCUUUUUGUAUGUUUCAAGGUUAUCGAAAUAUCUUUUCUGUGUGAUUAUUCUGCUGUACAUCUAUGAAAAUAGCUAAUACUAGCAGCCAGAAGACCAUUGGAGUUGAAAUUGUAAUAAAUAUGUAAAUUAUUGUACAUUAAUGUUUUGAUUUUGUAACAAAAACUGUAUUAUUGCAAUUGUAUUUUAUAAUGAUAGUAAAAAUUAUUGAGACUAAAUUAAUGGGUUUUCAUGGAGGUGUAUUUCUUGAACGAUAGAAAGAAAAAGUAGCGGUGUUAGAUUAGCAUGUGCUUCUAAAUGAAUGAUGCUAAAUGUACACACAAAGAAAACAAGAAAAUAUCUAUGAUGAUAAUUGCAAAUUGAAGCAACGAAUUCGGUGAACGAAAGAUUUAGGACAGGACUUCUCUUAUUUUUGUUUCGACAAAAAUGUCUAAUUUCAUUAGCUUAAUGUCUUAAAAGGAACUUGAUCAAAAGAAGGAUGUUCGUGGGUUCUCAAAUUCGUAAAUUGUUCUUUGCGAGGGAUCCCGUACUUUUUUCUUCCAGGCAUUACCAAACGUCUUCGUCGAUAGUUUAUUUCUUUCACUGCAGUUUGUAGCAACAGUAGCAACAAAAUAAAGUUUCUUUAGGGAAAUUUCUACUGAAUUGAAAUUGCUAGCUUAUUAAAAGAAAUGAAAACAUAAAAUUUGAAAGUCUUUUUUAAAAGAGAGAUUAAAGGAGUCAUCCAUGUUGACUCUUAAAACUCAACUCCAAUAUGUUGGUGUUCAGGGAAGCCUGCAAUCGAAGCGGGGAGUAGGAGCAAAGCGCCAAGAAAAAGGCAGAGCAAUAGUAAAACGAAAAAAAAUACUCAAUUUCGCGAGGGCAAGGACGUUCACGGCCCCCGCUGCCCUCCCCCCUGGCGCAGGCAUCCUUGUUGGUGUUAAAUGUGUGCAUCAUCAUACUCACCUUGUACGUCGUUAUGUCUAUGCUUUUGCCUCUCUUUUUCCUUUCAAGUAAACCCUGUAUCCACUGAAUAUUUGCUCUUAAAACACACAGCUGUAAGUUAGGCCAGUUGUCAAAUCCUUCUUUAAAUCCUGUAGCUUUCAAAAUAUAAAGCUAAAGCGUGGUCACCAUAUCCCUAUGGGACAAAAAGUUGAAAGCCCAAGACAAUUGAGUUUGAAUCGGUGAAAUUGGCAGGAUAGCAUUUGGAUAUAAUUGAUCAAAAAAAUCCACUGGGAGCAAAAUUAUUGCUUUAUCGGCUGCUCGCUUCGAAAGGAGAACGAUCACAAGGGAGAGUGAGGAAUUCUCUUUGUACAAUCAGAGGAAGCUGAUUUCCAUAAAUGC